CGUCACCCGGGAGCGCCGGGAGACCUGGCCGAGGGCGAUGGUGGCGUGCCGCGUUUAGUGGAGCCGGGUCGUCCUCAUGGCGCUGCGGGGGCUGGCCCGCGCUCUGGGCGCUCUGAGUCUGGCUCCCCGGGCCGUCCAGGUGCCACACAGGGCUGUCCUCCAGCUGCCCUCCGCCCCGGUGCCGCCCCCCUCUCGCCCAUUUCUUACCUCCGUGGCCCUUCCUGCUAAGCUGGUCUCCUGGAAGAGCCGUACCAAGUACACCGUCAUGCCAGUGAAGAUGAGGAAGUCUGGGGGCCGAGACCACACAGGCCGAAUCCAAGUGCACGGGAUUGGUGGGGGCCACAAGAAGCGUUAUCGCAUGAUUGACUUUCUGCGGUUCCGGCCCGAGCAAGAAGCCAAGCCAGAGCCCUUUGAGGAGAAAAUCAUCACCGUCCGCUAUGACCCCUGUAGGUCAGCAGACAUAGCUCUGGUUGCUGGAGGCAGCCGGAAACGCUGGAUCAUUGCUACAGAAAACAUGAAAGCCGGAGAUAUAAUCCUGAACUCGAACCAGAUAGGCCGAAUGGCAGUUGCUGCUCGCGAAGGGGACGCACAUCCUCUUGGGGCCUUGCCUGUGGGGACCCUCGUCAACAACGUGGAGAGCGAACCGGGCAGGGGGGCCCAGUAUAUCCGAGCCGCAGGGACCUGUGGUGUCCUGCUGCGGAAGGUCAAUGGGACAGCCAUCAUCCAGCUUCCUUCCAAGCGACAGAUGCAGGUCCUGGAAACGUGCAUCGCCACGGUGGGCCGAGUAUCCAACGUGGAUCACGACCAGCGGGUCAUCGGCAAGGCCGGCCGCAACCGCUGGCUGGGCAAGCGGCCUUCCAGCGGGCUGUGGCAUCGCAAGGGGGGCUGGGCGGGCCGCAAGAUCCGGCCGCUGCCCCCCAUGAAGAGCUACGUGAAGCUGCCCUCGGCGGCCGCCCGCAGCUGAUGCCCCCGCCCCUAAUAAAACGACCCCUUCCUUUCC